ACGGGGACGAAUGUCAGGGCAGGCGCCUGCCCCGGGGCCCGGCGGCUGAGGGGCGGCCGGAGGUCGGCGUUCCUUCCCGGAGGCACCUCAGGCAGCUGCUUCGUGGCCUGAGGGAGGUUUCCCCAGGGCAAGGAGGUGAGGGCUUGCCCGAGGCUCCUGGCUUUGAACGCCACCGGCCUCCUCUUGCAUCCCUCAGGACGUCGUGGAAGGGAAAGCAGUCGGAGACACCCUCUUGGCAGCUGGGGAAGCCAACCAGGUCACAUGAAGUCACAUUUUAUCACAGGACGCAAAGCAGCAGCUCAUUACUGAGUUUCUUGAUAAGUUCUGUCCUUCACCUUGAAGUAUGCAGUGACCGCUGGUGGCUUUCUGCCUUAGGGACCAGGAGAGAAUGCUCCAAUGGAGAGGUUCUGGAAAUUCGUUUUACUUCCUCUCAUCUUAACUGCCUCGCUACCAGGUCUUGCCUUUUGUUACUCUGUUAUAAGUGGCCCUACUAAUGUGACAGUCCUUGCUGGUUCAGAAGCUCGGUUUAACUGCACUGUGUCAGAAGGAUGGGUAAUUCUCAUUUGGCUGUCCAAUGGAAAUCCUGUCCUCACUGUCAGCAGUUCUCAAGGAGCUUUUGAAACGUUAGACCGCUUCACCUCUCAAAAUUAUACAAGUAGCAACGGGUUUACCUCGGAGCUGAUCAUCCACAACACCCAGCUGAGUGACUCUGGAAAAAUUGAGUGCAGCGUCCAGCAAGCUAUCAGCAGCUUUGCGUUUCUUUCUGUUCAAGUUAAUGGAUCUUUAUCCAUCAAAAAUAGCACCUUAACAGUAAAAGAGAAUGAAACAGUUGAAAUUGUUUGUGAAGCCUUGGGAUGGGCUCCAGCUCCAGACAUUACCUGGAUGACAAAUGACUCUUUCAUUGAUAAGUCGAGGUAUGUUACUCAGCAAAGUCAAGGAUCUAAUGGCCUCCAUGAUGCCCUGAGCAUCCUAACUUUGACUCUGACGGACACUGAGAUUUUGACCUGUUUAGCUGACAUAGAAGCACUCCCUAACCCCCAGAAUGCAACUGUAACUUGUAUUUUUGUCAACUCUACUUUCGAAAAUGAUUACAGUGAAGACAGCGGAAACACGUGGGUUAUUGUACUUGCAGCUGUGCUUUCACUUGUUGGUAUUAUUCUUCUGAUUGUUAUUAUUGCGGUUGUCGUACGCUGCUGUUGUCUAAAGAAAAAAGAAUCUACGUACCAAAAAGAAAUAAGAAAAGUUUCAGCUGAGAAGAAAACAGAUGGCGAUUUGAAAAGCAGGCAAAGGCGUGGUAGUGAAAAUCAGGGAUACAUUCCAGAGGAACGGUGGAACACAGAAUACAUCCCAAGAAGUCCCUCUGAGUCCCCAAUGUCUUCAAAGUUCACUGACCGUGCUGCAGAUCUACAUAAGAGUUCUAUACCAAAGGUGCGACCUCAAAGACGUACUGAAUAUCCGAUCAGCCCAAAGAAAACCAGAAACGUGACACUUGUUUAGGAUGUGCUUCUCCAGGAAAUUUCUCUAUCAGUUGCAUUUCACACGUUUGGAUGGCUUUGUGCAAUAGAGAGGGGUUAACACCAGUUGUCUCACUUUAAGCCAUAAGUUAUUUUUCAUUUUAUCCUCAUGUAAUGAAAUAAAAUUGCAACCUUUAUAAUAUAGUAUAUGAUAUCUCAGCAAAAUAAUGGACAUAAAUGACAGCCUUAACUUCAGAGACAAUGAAUUUGAUGGGGUUCUACAAGAACAUGUGCUUUGGGUCCCAAGGA